UAAUAGAAUAUCCUCAAUAUUCCUCAUCUUUGCUCCCUCUUCUAAAACCCGACUAGUAAAAAAGAGCUGUCCUGGACCUUUCCCAUCCAUCCAAAGAAGCAACGCCCAAAACCAAGAACUACCAACCACAACCCCAAUUGGUCAACAUGGCGACGGCGGCAGCAGCCUCCGCCCUCCUCCUCCUGCUCGGCCUCGCCGCCCCCGCCUCGGCCGCGGCGCCGUACGAGCCGCCGACCGUGCCGGAGCUGAUGGACCGGUUCGGCCUCCCGCGCGCGCUGCUCCCGGAGACCGCCCGGCGGUACCUCCUCCACAACGACGGCACCUUCGAGCUCUUCCUCGACGACGGCUGCGUGGUCGAGGUGGGGGGCUACCGCGUCGGCUACGACAUCAAGCUCUCCGGCACCGUGUCCCCCGGGGCGGUCACGGGGCUCGAGGGCGUCCGCGUCCGCGUUCUGUUCGCCUGGGUGCCCAUCACUGGUGUCGAGGUGGCCGGCGGGGAGGUCACCGUCCACAUCGGGCCCGUCAGCAAGUCCUUCCCGGUCGUCGGGUUCAAGUCCAGCCCCCUGUGCAUCGUCGGCUCAGCGGCGGCGGCGGCGGUCGAUGCUUCGCUUCCUUUGGUAGAGUAGUCAGCUGGCCACGAUUUGUUAGGAUUCAGGCGAAGUUUGCGGUGUUCUUCGUGCCACGAUUUAUUUUAAUUUCUCCUUGUAUAUUUGUAUUUGCCACCGGUGUACAAUUUAUUUAAGUGCACACGGUUAGUUGGUACUAUUUCUUCUUGUUUCCAGACAAAACAGACAUGUAUGUGCCUUUUGUUUUUCCCAAC